AUGUCGAUGAUCUCCAGCAUGCUGGGCCGGAGGCAGCCGCCGGCGCAGCCGCAGCCGCAGCAGCACGCGGCGGGCCACAAGGCCAACGGCCACGGCCACGGCGGCGGCGGGGACGAGGUCGUGGAGCCGGUGAGCAUCGACAUCCUGGAGCCGUUCAUGGAGGCCAUCUCGCUGACUGCGUUCGGCGGUGGCGGCUGCCGGCCGGCGCUGGGCCUGCCGUUCUCGACGGCGAGCAUGGACUGGAAGGAGACGCCGACGGCGCACGUGUUCAUGGCGGACGUGCCGGGCCUGCGGCGGGAGGAGGUGAAGGUGGAGGUGGAGCAGGAGCGGGUGCUCCGGAUCAGCGGGCAGCGCGCCCGCGCCGCCGAGGACAAGGGCGACCGGUGGCACCGCGUGGAGCGGAGUGCCGAGAAGUUCGUGCGCACCGUGCGGCUGCCGCCCAAUGCCGACGUCGACGGCGGCGGCGUCCACGCCGCGCUCGACAACGGCGUGCUCACCAUCACCAUCCCCAAGGACGACGGCAAGAAGGCCUACGGCAGGAUCAUCCCCAUCACCAACUAA